UUCACGUGAACGCAUCGCGGUAGGAACGACAGACACGGCUAAACAAUUACAAAAGUCAGGCAGAAUUUGAAUGAAAUAACUCAACUGGUCUUAUUUUGAAAAAAAUACCAGAAGCAACCCUUAAAGCAAACGGCGGGGCUUAACAAAUUUAGUCUUAACUGCCCUGCUCUUCUGCUUGGAGACGAAGAAAAUGAGCUACGGAAGGCCGCCGCCAGACGUUGAGGGAAUGACCUCCCUCAAAGUGGACAACCUGACUUACCGAACUUCGCCGGAGACCUUGCGUCGAGUUUUCGAGAAGUAUGGCCGCGUGGGGGACGUGUAUAUCCCCCGGGAUAGGUACACCAAGGAGAGCCGCGGCUUCGCCUUCGUGCGGUUCCUCGACAAGCGCGACGCCGAAGACGCCAUGGACGCUAUGGACGGCGCGCUUCUCGACGGGCGGGAGCUCCGGGUGCAGAUGGCCCGCUACGGAAGACCACCCGACUCCAUGUACAGCCGCAGAGGUGCUCCUCCACGCCGGUACGGUGGUUACGGACGCAGGAGCAGGAGCCGUUCAGCCAGCCCCCGUCGUCGCAGGCGUAGCCGCAGCCGCUCGAGGAGCAGAAGCCGCUCCCGAUCCAGGAGCCGCCACCAUUACAGCCGCUCCAGGUCCCGUUCCUACUCCAGAUCCAGGUCACGGUCCAGAUCCAGGUCCAAGUCGAAGUCCAAGUCCAAGUCGAAGUCCAGAACCCCCAGAAGAAGCAAGUCAAAGUCUCCCUCCAGGUCUCGUUCCCGCUCAAGAUCCAAGUCCAGGAGUCGAACCCCAGCUUCCAACAGAGGUUCCAAAUCCCGAUCCCGGUCCAAAUCCAAGAGUAGGCCUAAAUCACCAGAGGACAACGGAGCUGAGUCUUAACCCAAAGUUGGACGCAAUAUGACGAUCUCAGAUGAUUGAGCCUUUGCUGAGGACAUCAGGAAGAGUCUCACAUUGAGCAAGUGGACUCCAUUAUUACCACUGAAUGCAGACUGAAAGGUUAUUGGAGCUUGGUCUAAAAUGUUUUAAAUGUUUCAUUUGACUUAAUUUACCUAAUCAGUCUGUAACUUUGAUGUCAUCAUUGUUUGUAAAGUUGAGCAUAUUGAAAGGGAUUUGUAAGGUGUUGUUUUUUUCACCAAUCUAAAUUAGUUUUGUUUUUUUAAAUUUUGAUUGAAUUUGUACUUGUUAAUAAAUUCUUUUUUGACUUUAAGUAUAUUUCUUUUAAUGAAACCCCUUGUUUAACACUCUUUCCAAAUGGAUAUGGAAGAGUAUUACUUGCAGAGUUGAUGUAGAAAAGGGUCAUGUCGAAUGUUAUAGCUACGUUAAACCAUUUUUAUUUAAAAAAGAAAAGGCUUACUGUACAGUGACAUAAAAGUAAAACAUGAAAAUAUCACAGUGCCACUUAAUUUGUGAUUUGCUAAUCCGGCAACAUAGUAUUUUCUCUUCUGACACAUCUUUUUUUUCUGUCUGGUUAAAGUUGCUUUCCUAUGACUCUAACCCUCUUUCUUGUGUAUCUUUUGUGCACUAGGCGCAGUUGUGUAGCAGUUGAGUAAUGCUGGUUAGCUGUUAAGAUGCGGUGCAGUGCGGUGGUGACAUGGUGUGGCGUGUUGCGGUGCUGAGUGCCCGGCGCUGUUCCGGGGCUCGACCCUCCGCUGCUGUUUGCCGGUUUGUAAGCUCACAGGUGUGGCAGAUCAUCCAUCCUCUCCUGUCUUGUGACCUCUCCUUCCCUCCAUGUGCUGUACAGAUUCUCUUCUUCCUUUUCUCCUCUCCCCCCCCCCCUUUUUUUGUUUUUUGUGGUUUAUCCACUGUUGAAAACUGGCCUUGCUCGCUUUUUUUGAAAUUGGGGUCCAGUGUGACUCCUAGUGAAGGGUUUAAAGGGCAGUUCCAACUGCUUAAUGAAUCAUUUUGUGUAUUGCAUUCCUCUGUGAACCCCUCAGAUGUCUUGUUAUUGCUUCAGGUGAAUGCUAAUAAACAUCUUUGUCGUAAA